AUGUCUGGGAGAUUAUUGGGUGUAGCUAGAGUAUUCAGAAGUACUCAAUAUCGUUGUUUCAGUACUGUAAGGCAAGGGAUCAAAUAUACGCCAACUUUCAAACAGUAUCUACAAAUGCCCAACAAUGAAGUUGGUUCAUACUUUCAUGACGUACCGUUAGAGUUCUCGAGAGAAGGUGCAACCAUUAACAUGGUUGUAGAGAUCCCUCGUUGGACAAAUGCUAAGUUCGAAAUCUCGAAGAACUUGAGGCUUAACCCUAUAGUUCAGGACUCAAAAAAUGGAAAAUUAAGGUACGUCAAUAAUAUAUUUCCAUUCAAUGGCUAUAUACAUAAUUAUGGCGCAAUUCCUCAAACCUGGGAGGAUCCAACUGAGCUAGAUACUGUUCUUGGUUUAAAUGGUGACAACGAUCCAUUAGAUUGUUGUGAAAUAGGAUCAACAGUACUCGGCACAGGCACAAUAUAUAAAGUGAAAGUAUUAGGAUCGCUUGCCCUGAUAGACGAUACUGAAUUGGACUGGAAGGUUAUUGUAAUACGGUGCGACGACCCAUUGGCAAAGGAAAUAAGUUCAUUGAGUGGGGUGGAAAAGUGCAUGCCAGGGCUCUUGGAGCACACAAGAGAAUGGUUCAGAAAGUACAAGAUACCUCAAGGCAAACCAGCAAACACAUUUGCAUACAAUGGUGAAUACAGAAAUGUUGAGGAAACUUUGAAUGUGAUAGAAAAAUGUCAUGCUUCCUGGAGGAAGUUGAUAUCUGAUCAAAUUCAUGAAGAUUCUGCUGGUUUACCUCAGAUAAUGAGGACUGGUAGUAGUAUUAUUUUAGAGGAUGAAAAUUUUCUUCCAGCGACCAUCCCUAAGAAGGUUCAACGGUGGUUUUAUGUUUAA